AUGACCCUUCACUCUCUAUUUUUGCUGUUUUUGGCUUACGGGCCAGCGCAGACGACACAGGCAGCAAGCAGGAUUGUGUGCUGUACUGGGUGG